GGGCAGAGAUGACGUUCAAUUGGGUAGAUGAUACCAACGAGGCAGUCGCCGCCGGCGAGCUGCCAGACCUCGCAAGCGACGCAAUCAAUCUCAAUAAUUCCUUCAAUGAUGUAACGGACUUUCAGGUUAACAUCAGUGGAAUGAUAGAUUGUGGAAUCAGCUUACUCAAAUGUUUAUUCUACAAGAAAUUCGGAAUUCAAAACAUGGGUAGAGAGAUGGCCGCAAAAGAAAAGGUUGCGGAACUUGAGGCACAAGAAGCGAAAUCAUCGCCAGAUGAUGGAAAGUGGAGAGUAAAGACCCAAUCUCCGUUGAGGAACGUCAUUUUGGCAUAAAAAAUACGGAGAGGAGAGAAUAUGGAGAGAAUAUGGAGAGAAUGUGGAAAGAAUUCACAAGGCCACGGAUGAGAAUUCAUUGAAAAUGGUA